AUGGUAACUGUUUUAGCCCUGGCUGCAGUAUCCACUGCCGAAGACCUAUCACAGAAGCAACAGGACAAGCGUGGGAUUGCCACCGGCUACAGCACGAACGAACACGAGGGCGGAAUCGUGAGCUACGGGCACGCCGUACCCAUUUCCCAGACGAUCGAGGUCACUAAACCUGUGCCUGUACCUGUCCUGAGGUACAUUCAAGUGCCUCAUCCCGUGCCUGUCGCCGUUCCUGUGCCCCAACCGGUCCCUGUGCACAUCCAGGUACCUCAACCUGUCCUCGUUCCUGUCGUCAAGACAGUGGCUGUCCCUGUGGAAAAGCCUGUCGCUAUCCCUGUUCCUGUGGAGAAACCUGUACCUUAUCCCGUAGAGAAGCCCCACCCUGUGUAUAUAGAGAAACAUAUUCCUGUACCUGUUCCCAAGCCAUACGCUGUUCCCGUGCCAGUCUACAAACACAUCCGCUAUUACCCUAAGAUCCACUACCGCCACGGCUGGUGA